UAAAUCCCAUCCAUAUAAGCAAAAGUCACCAAAAUUGAAUAAAACUUGCAUAUAAAAACCAACUGUCCUCGUCUCGUAUUGUUAAGAUCAGAGGCCCAACAAGUCCUAAAUUGAUGGACAAGAUUAAUUAUAAUUCCUAAUCUGGAUUGCCAAUUUGAUAAUUGCACUUUGGCAACAAAAAAAUAAUAAAUAAAAAAGUCCACCCCGUGAACUCUCCCCACCUUUCGCUCACGUUAGCGUUGUCACGUGCUUUGUCGUCUACACGAGAGUGUGGCGUGCGGUGUGGGCUCCAACCCAACCAUCGAACCAUGAAGAAUCUGUGGGGACUAGACCUAACUAUCCAUCUGCACCGUUCAUUAAUGAAAGCAAAGGAGAUCAUUAAAAUCUGGGCAGGACAUUAAUAUCUCCUCUUUUCACGAGUCAACAAAAUCAAGAAAAAAAAAAAGGAAAUUAGAUACCAACUCCAACUGUAAUUCAGCACUAGUGACUAGUUGCAUACACGUCCAAUCCAAUUUUACUCUCUCUCGCUUUCUCUGUCUUUCUCUCUCCUUCUGUGUGGAAAUUGGAAAGCAAAUACAGAACAUAUGAGAAUGAGAUUUUGUAUAGUGGAGAAAGAAAAGGCGAACGGCACAUGCGCGUAGCGUGUUUCACAGCUAAAACAAUGCUUAGGUUUAUUCUUCGUCUUCUUCUUCUGCCAUGGCUUCUUCUCCUGCUCAGCUCAGUCUUCUCUUUGGCUUCGGCUAAACCUGCACCAUUUGCUAUGCGCAUAAGCUGUGGAGCUCGUCAGAAUGUGCAUACAAAGCCAACCAAUACACUGUGGUUUAAGGAUUUUGCAUAUACAGGAGGCAUACCUUUUAAUGCAACACACCCAAGUUAUAUCAGUCCUCCACUUCAGUCACUUCGGUAUUUUCCCCUGUCUGAAGGCCCUGAAAAUUGUUACAUCAUCAAUAGAGUUCCCCGGGGACGCUACUCAGUAAGGAUCUUUUUUGGAUUGCUUGCACAACAGAACUAUGACAGUGAACCUUUAUUUGAUAUUUCUGUCGAAGGCACUCAGGUUACUUCAUUAAAAUCUGGUUGGAGUAGCCACGACGAUGAAACAUUUGCUGAAGCACUAGUGUUUCUUAAAGAUAGCUCUGUGUCUAUCUGCUUCCAUAGCACUGGUCAUGGGGAUCCAGCAAUUCUUUCCCUUGAAAUUCUCCAAGUUGAUGAUAAAGCAUACCAACUUAGCCAGCAAUCAGGUCAAGGAAUAAUCCUUAGAACAGUAACAAGAUUGAGCUGUGGUACUGGGAAGCCAAAGUUUGACGUAGAUUAUGGCGGGGAUCAUUGGGGUGGGGACAGAUUUUGGAAUUACAAAAAGACCUUUGGUCAGAGUACUGAUACAGCCCGAUCUACUGAAGCCAGCAUUAAGCAGGCUUCAAAUCCACCAAACUUUUAUCCAGCAGCUCUUUAUAAAAAUGCAAUUGUUGGUACUGCUAGUCAGCUCGAUUUAGAAUAUACAAUGGAUGUGGAUCCCAAUAGAAACUACUCAAUUUGGUUACACUUUGCUGAGAUUGAUUCUGCAGUCACUGGUGUAGGGCAAAGGGUAUUUGAUAUCCUGAUAAAUGGUGACACUGCAUUUCAAGAUGUGGAUGUUAUCAAAAUGAGUGGGGACCGUUAUGCUGCUCUUGUACUUAACAAAACUGUCGCUGUAAGCGGGAGGACUUUAACAAUAACCUUGCACCCCAAAGGAGGUGAUCAUGCCAUAAUCAAUGCCAUUGAGAUAUUUGAGGUUAUAAUGGCCGAGUCAAAAACUGUACCAGAAGAAGUUCAGGCGUUACAGACAUUAAAGAAAACAUUGGGGCUUCCUGUUCGGUUGGGGUGGAAUGGUGAUCCAUGUGUUCCUCAACAACAUCCAUGGAGUGGAGCAGAUUGCCAAUUUGAUAGAACUAGCAGCAAAUGGGUCAUUGACGGACUGGGUCUUGACAAUCAAGGUCUGAAGGGAUUUUUGCCAGAUGGCAUAUCAAAAUUACAUCAUCUUCAGAGCCUAAAUUUGAGCGGAAAUAACAUUCAUGGAACAAUUCCAUCCUCCCUUGGAACAAUAACAAGCUUAGAAGUACUGGACCUCUCCUUAAAUUCCUUCAAUGGAUCAAUUCCUGAAUCCCUCGGACAGUUGACAUCAUUACAAAGACUUAAUCUCAAUAGCAAUUCUCUGUCCGGAAGGGUCCCAGCUGCUCUAGGAGGAAGGCUUUUACACAGAGCUAGCUUCAACUUCACUGACAAUCAUGGUCUUUGUGGUAUACCUGGACUGCCUACAUGCGGGCCACACCUUACUGCUGCGGCAAAGAUUGGAAUUGCAUUUGGUGCGUUGUUGUUGUUCCUACUUCUUGUCAUCUGUUCAAUAUGCUGUUGGAAAAGGCGGCAGAAUAUCCUCCGAACUCAGCAACUUGCCGCAAGAGAAGCUCCAUAUGCAAAGGCAAGGACCCAUUUAUCACAAAACAUUCAGAUGAGCCGGCAGCAUAAUCAUCAUGCCCAAUCUCGAACGGCAGCUGAGACUGGGCCCAUCUUGCUUUCAUGAUCAGACAACUUUCAGCCCAAAGCCCAAUAUAGGUGGAAGUUUGAUCCAAAGCACUUGGUCUCUUGGCAAUACUGCUUGCAUUGGCCCUCUCACUUACACAAGAUCACAUCCCUCAUUGGGUGCCCGUAUAUGCUACAGAGAAAGAAAGAAGGGGAAAAAAAAACACUGUACAUUGCUCCAAUUCUUUCCUCUUCUUUUCAAAUUUGGCGAAGUUUUGUAACACCUAAAGGAAGUGAUGCAUGUAGAAAUCAAAAUGUUCCCAUCCCAUCCUUCCACAACUUUGAACAUAUGGAGUGUAGAAUACUAAUUAAAACUAGUCUGUAUGAGAAGUAUUUUAAGAAAUUAUUUGAAAUUUGAUUUAGAAAA